AUGCGUUCUCAAUUAUUCCUCGCCUUCAUUGUAGGCUUCCUGGGUUCUACCGUGGAUAGUCGCAAUUUGGAAGUGCGUAUCAGCAACGGCCUUGGUCGUACUCCUGCUUUGGGUUGGAACAGCUGGAAUGCCUUUGGAUGCAAUGGUGCUUCAGCUUCUUCGGCAAUGACUGCAGCAAACCAGUUUGUAAACCUGGGGCUCAAAAACCUUGGCUACAUAUACGUGAAUAUAGAUGACUGCUGGCACACCAAGUCCCGCAACUCCUCCGGCAAUCUUGUCGCCGAUCCCAGUAAAUGGCCUAACGGUAUAGCACACACCGUCAAUCAGAUUCAUGGUAUGGGGCUUAAGUUUGGAUUAUAUGGUGAUGCGGGUACCAUGACGUGCGCAGGAUAUCCAGGCUCCCAGGGACAUGAGCAGCAAGAUGCUACUUUACUAGGUAGCUGGGGGGUCGAUUACUGGAAAUAUGACAACUGCUACACUCCCUGCAACGGACAAGUUCCACAAACAUGCUGGAUUGCACGAAACUCGGAAGCUUGGUAUCAGACAUUCGGUAAUACCUUGAAAACCGUGUUCCAUACCAUACUAUACUCCUUGUGCUCUUGGGGAGUGGACAGUGUAUGGACCUGGGGCGGAUCGGUUGGGAAUUCCUGGAGAGUCACUGGUGAUAUUCAAAACUCCUGGUCCUCGGUCUCAUCGAUUGCCAACACUGCGGCGGGGAUCUCGAAAUAUUCCGGUCCUGGCAGGUUUAAUGACUUGGAUAUGUUGGAAAUUGGUAAUGGUGGUCUCUCCGAAGCCGAAGAGCGAGCACAUUUUGGUCUUUGGGCAAUCGCUAAGUCUCCAUUGAUUAUUGGUACAAAUCUCGCCAGUAUAAAGUCUUCUUCCCUUGCUAUAAUCAAAAACGCAGCGGGGCCGAUAUCUGGACAGCUAUAUCCCUACUGGGCUGGGCCGCUUUCCGAUGGUGUCGUGGUUGGCAUCGUAGCUGCAAAUGGUGCGCUCAACUAUAACGUUGCACUUAGCAGUGUUCCUGGAUUAGGCUCUGGCACAUGGAGCUGGACAGAGUUCUACAGCGGUAAAAAAGGAUCAGGAACUAGCAUAUCUGGAUCUUUAGCAAGCCAUGAUAUGGCUGUUUACAAGAUAACAAAAAAUUAG